AUGCAACGGCAGUCUGGCAGACUUGGUGCACUGCUCACAUGCAACCGCGUCUCUCAACACAGAAAGUCUUUGCAAAAGAUUAAGCAGCUCGGAGCAACAUGCAACACCCUCGUUCGGGCAGUGCUUCUGCAAGACGCUCUUGAUGAAAACCAACUUCACGAUUUCAGACGGUUCUUCCAACUUGGUCUUGUCUUCACAGAGGUGAAUGAGUUCAAUGACACCUACCGCAUCACGGUACCAUACCCAUGUUUCUUGAACCUGUUGAUGCAGUUGGAUCGGCCAGAGCGUUUCAAUCACCUGCGACACGUAAAUCCCACUGGCACAGACCGCCGCUGGAGUUCGAAGUCAUUCGAGGCACUUUGCGCAAUGCGAGUGGCCAUUGACAUGGAUGGCUUUCCCUACGACCUGCCCUGCGAUCCUAGAGCAGCAGCGAUAGAAUUCAGAAGAGACAGGAAAUCUCGUGUGUGUCUUGCAGAGAGCGAUACGGAGCCGGGUGUGGACAGCAUCGGAUUUGACGGCAACACCAUGACCUUGGUUCAGAGCAAAUACCCAGAGGCUGAUACAACCCAAGAGUGGAAGGAAAUUAGGGAGUUUAUGAACUUCGCAAAAACGACUGGUGUUGAUUGGGCUAAAUCAGCAAAUUGCACAAUAAUUUGUGCAAUAUUUGCCACUGCGAGGGCAUCAAGAAACUAUGAAUCGGAGUGGCCAAUGGAGCUCAAUGUCCAGGAAGUGGUCAUCACUUACGUAAUUUACGCCAAGACUCAAAACAGCAGAACUUGCGCAGUCCGGACAAAGCAGAUCGAUGAAUGGAUCCCUCCAGGACUCAUGUGCAUGUAA